UGUGGGGCGGGGGGCCGUGGGGCGCCGGGCCCCGCCAUGGGGGCGCCGGGCCUGGUGCUGCUGGCGCUGGCGGCGCUGGCGGCCGGCGGGCGCUGCGCCCCCCGCGACGCCCUCGCCUGCUCCCAGGGCCUCGCCUGCCGCCUGCUCACCGCGGACACGCUGUGCGGGCCGCGGCCGCCGGGGCCGGGCCCGGGGCUGGCGCCGGCGCGGAUGCGGCUGGAGCCGGCGCUGCGCUGCGCGGGGGCCGCGGCCUGCUCGCCCUGCCUGCGCGCCCGCCUCGACCUGGCGCCGGAGCCCGGCGUGGGGCAGAGCCCCCCGCCCGCCGCCCUCCUGCUGCUCGCCGGCCACGCGUACGCCCGGUCCCGCUGCGUCGCCGCGGAGGUGCGGGCGCUCCGGCCCCCCGGGCGCCCCGGGGACACCCUGGGCUCGGUGACGUUCCAGUGCUUCGAGGCGGCGCCGGGCUCCGAGCUCCGCGUCACGGCGUACACCGACGCCCGCGGGCGCCGCAGCCUGAGCCGGAGCCGCCGGGUGCCAGACUGCUCCUGGCCCGCGGCCAGGGCCAACGUCCCGCAGUGCCAAGCGCCCCGGCUGCAGGUCUCGCGCGCGCCGGAGGCGGCGGCGGCGGCGGCGGUGGUGCACGUGCAGGCGGCGGAGGCGGCGGGACGCAGCUACACCCUGCGGCUCUACCACAACCGGAGCCGCGGCGCCGGCGGCCCCGGGCGCACCGUGACGGCGCGCGGGCCCCUGAACUACAGCCUGCCGGCGGACGAGGUGCUGCCCUGCCUCUGCCUGCAGGUGUGGCCGGAGGCGCAGGACCCGCCGCGGGCCACCUCGUGCCCCUUCUCCCACGACGCCGAGGCCUGGGAGCGGCUCUGGGCCGGGACGCGCCUGGCGCUGCACGACGCCGGCGGCUCGCUGACCUGCUCCGUCUCGGCGCCCUGCGACCUCCCCGCCGAGCUGGUGCCCUGCUGGCGGCCGGAGCCCGGGGGGCCCUGCCAGGCCCUGCCCCACCUGCGGCAGCCCCUCGCGGCGCAGGGACCCCAGGAGUUCACGGCGCUGCGGCCGCACCCCAACCUCUGCGUGCAGGCGUGGAGCAGCGGGCAGGUCCGGCUGACGCAGUGCCUGCGGGACCGAGCCCUGCCCGGCCGCGCGGACGACGUCCUGCUGAUGGAGACCCGGGGGCCCGGCGCUAACGCGUCGCUCUGCGCCCUGCAGCGGGGCGCCUGCACGCCGCUCGCCGCCUUCGCCGGCACGCGGGGCGGCCGCCCGGGGCUGCUGGAGCAGUGGCUGCGGCAGGACGUGGCGGCGGGGCAGUGCGCGCAGGUGUCGCGCCAGGAGAACGGCAGCGGCGUGGCGCUCUGGGCCUGCCCCCUGCACAAGUACCUGCACGCCCGCUGGGCGCUCGCCUGGCUGGCGGCGCUGCUGGGCGCCGCCUGCGUCCUGCUGCUCCUGCUGCUGCUCAAGAAGGAGGGCGCGAAAGGCCCGCCGCGGGUCCGGCGGGCGCUGGUGCUGCACGCGGCGGAGCCGUCGGCGGAGCGGGCGGCCUGCGCGCUGGCAGCGGCCCUGCGCCCGCUGGGGCUGGCGGCGGCGGCGGCGCCGGGCGGCGGGGCGGCGGCGGCCACCUGGGGGCCGCUGCCCUGGCUGCACGCCCAGCACCGGCGGGCGCUGCGGGACGGCGACACCGUGGUGCUGCUGCUCUCUCCGGCGGCCGCCGCCGCCGCCCGCCGCUGGGACGAGGACGACGGCGACAAGGAGCAGGAGGACGGCGGGAGCGGGCCGGAAGGCGUCGAGGGCCCGGCGCCGUGCGAGGCCUUCGCGGCGGCGCUGUCGUGCGUGGUGCCGGCGCUGGCGGCGGGCGGCGGGCGCUACGUGGUGGCGUGGCUGGAGGCGGCGGUGCCGGCGGUGCCGCGGGCGCUGCGCAACCUCCCCACCUUCGCACUGCCGUCGCAGGCCACCGCCUUGCUGCGGGCGCUGGCGGUGCCCGGGCCGCGGCGGCGGCGGCGGUGGCUGGAGCCGCACGUGGCGCGCGCGGCCGCGCGGCUCCAGCGGGCGCUGGCGGCCGGCGAAUAA